GUGUCACUCUGUGAGAAAAAAAGUAGUCCCAAUAUAUUUUUUAACCCGGAAUCGGAUGUGUUAGAAUUCGAUUAUAUUAGACUUGGGCAGCAAACGGGUAAAAGGAGAAUAUAUAAGACAAUUUCACCCAGCCCUCAAUUUAUAACAAGUUAUUUCUCUUUCACUUUAAAAGGUUAAUUUUACGUCUGCUUAGCUUUCCAAAACAGACAGUUAGUGGCCCAGAGGACAAAAAAAAUGUUAGUCUUUGGUCAAAGCAAGGCACCUGAGAACAUCGUCAUUUCGAGAUUUGGGAAACAGCAAUCAACAUUUUACGGACCAAACAAAUACUCCUCCCAUACUAAUAAUCCACAGAUUAAUCAAUUUUGAAAACCAUUGUUAGUUGCAAAUCUAAUGUUUAUCCUCUUUAUUUUAUUUACAAUACAAAUGAACAAAUUCAGUGUGUUGUAAAGAUAGAUUUCUUUUAUCUCCACUUCUGUACCAUGAAAGUAAAUCAGAGUGAGGCAUCCAUAUGUGUUGCCUAUCUUUGAGGCAGGCGGUGAUCCUUACAUCAUUUUGGGACACAAGGCUGAGCAAUGUCUAAAUAAAUAGUUUUUUUCGAAUUGUUUCGAAAAAAUAAUAAUAAAGUAGAUAGUAUGUUGUAAAAAUAGGAUUAUGUUUUAUCACUAUUGUCAAAUCAACGCAGCAGCACUGUGAUUACAGAGUGGUGUUCAGUUCAUGAUCUGAGAUGGAUUGCUUUGGUCUUCAAACACCCACACACACCUAUGGCAGUGGUUCCCAACCUUUUUUCUUAAAGAUGGACCAAAAAACUGGGCUUUAAUUUGGAAUAGCUCUGUUUGCCUGACAUUGACUUAAAGCUCUUAAAUAGGUUCUAAAAAGUCCAUGUGCAUUUCUGGAAUUUAACCCAAGUCGUCAGACACAAGGAGGUAUUGUCUUGAGAAUUUUUUCUUAUGUGACUAAAAGUUAGGUUGAAAUCUUGCAUGACAAAGUCGUUAUUGUGGAAACUGGAAACAGUCAAAAAGCUCUUUGAAACUGCAUCUGAGUAAUAAGGUAACAGGGUCUUGGUAAUGUGUCAAUACCUUACACAACAACAAGCUGAAUAGGCUCAUAAACCACACAAAACAAACUAUUUGCUAGCGACUCACACCAAAUCGUGUUAUAUUUAGAGGAAGCAGUGACCCAAACAUGGCAAAGAAGCAGUUCAAUUACGUCACAUUGUGCACCGGAAGUAAACUGAGCUAGCGAAAGCGUUGGUUUGUGUCGCGUUAUGGAGAAUAUUAAUCGCUAUUCUUGGAGUUAAAGUCAACCCAGCAGGAAACAACAACAACAACAACCACCACCACCACCUCUGUGUAGUUAUAUUUACGUGUGAAUGGUGACGCACGCCGGGAACGCGUUUGCAGGGCUGCAGCCGGGAAGCUAACAUGAGUUACCCCACGCCGCUGUACUCUCACGCGGGACGAGGACACUUCCGGGACGUCUACGAGCCUGCGGAGGACUCGUUCCUGCUGAUGGACGCGCUGGAGAAAGACGCUCAGAAGCUCCAGCUGCUGAGUCCGUCCGUGUGCGUGGAGGUUGGCAGCGGCUCCGGGGUGGUGUCUGCAUUCCUGGCAUCGAUUGUCGGACCCUCGGCCUUGUACAUUUGCACAGAUGUGAACCCUGAGGCGGCACAGUGCACAAAAGAGACGGCGUCUUGCAACAGGGUUUCACUACAGCCCGUCGUCACAGACCUGGUGGAGUGUCUUCUGCCCCAGCUUAGAGGCAAAGUAGAUGUCCUCCUGUUUAACCCUCCCUACGUGGUGACACCAUCAGAAGAGGUUGGCAGCAGAGGCAUAGAGGCCGCCUGGGCAGGCGGGAAGCGAGGACGAGAAGUGACCGACAGAUUUCUGCCCUUGGUGUCACAGCUGCUGUCCGCCGACGGCUUGUUCUACCUCAUCGCCGUCGCGGAGAACGAUCCAGAGGAAAUAAUCCGUUCGCUGGGCAACUACGGCUUGACGGGAGAAUCGUGCUUGUCGACAAGGGCAAGGAAUGAGAGACUGUCUGUUCUGCGCUUCCACAGGAAGGGAACAUAAACUGCCACCGAUGAGGACGUUCAACAUGUUUACAGCAGAGACAUUCAUUCAUUCAUUCAUCAUUUACUUACAAGUUAUGGACAGUGUUACAAGUCAGACAUCAUGCUUUACAGUGCAGACAUAAAGGUGCCAUUUCAUACAAGGAAUUAAUGGAAUGUACUUUCACUUUCAAGUAAGACGCUUCGAAUUAAAUGUUCCCUAUUUUAUCUAAAAACUUGUACCAUCCAAUGAACUGAACCGGACCCAACAAUCUGAAGACGUUCCAUUACAGAAUGUAUUGUUAAUUGUUCACAGCGAGAUGAGAUCUAUGGAAUAAAGUGUUACAUUUAA